AUGUCGAAAAAGCAAGAAGAUAAAGCAAAUAAAGAAUCCACACAAAAUGAAGAUGAUAUACCAAAACCUCAAUCGACUAAAUUGACAAAAGACAAUGAAAAACAAGAUGAAAAUAAUGAAAAUGAACGCAGCCUUGAAGACAUUGAAAAAGAACUAGAUAAACUUCGUCCAAAACCACCAUCACCUAAGACACAACAUCGAAUUGAAAAAGAAGAAGAAAAAAAAGAUCAUGAAAUGAAUAUGCAUCAAACACAUAAAGAAGAACCUUCGCCACAACCUAACACAACGAACAACGAUGAAAAUGAAACUCAACAUAAAGACACUGAAUUAAAACCUGGUGAACCUGAUCCAACAGUUAAUGAUAAUGUUAAAAUUCCAGUAUUGAAUGACAGUGGUGCUAUUGAAUUAAAACCACAGCAAGGUAGUAAAUUAAACAAACAUUAA